AUGUCCUGGAAGGAGGAGAGCAUGACUCCACCCUCGUGUUUCAUCCAGCACCUGGACCACCUCGUGUUGACUGUGCAGAGCAUUGAGGACACUGUGGCCUUUUAUUCCAAAGUCCUGGGCAUGGAGGUGGUGACUUUCAAGGGAAAUCGUAAAGCUUUAUGUUUUGGCAACCAGAAGUUCAAUCUGCAUGAGGCUGGGAAGGAGUUUGAACCCAAGGCUCGGCACCCAGUCCCUGGCUCUGCAGAUAUCUGCCUUGUCACACAGGUGCCCCUGGAGAAGCUGCUGGAUCAUCUGAAGGCCUGUGGGGUGGUUAUUGAAGAAGGUCCCGUGGCCAGAACUGGUGCUGUGGGUCCAAUAACAUCCAUCUACUUCCGAGACCCUGAUGAGAACCUGAUUGAGGUUUCCAGGUACUGA